CUUAAACUCGAGCACCGGCGCCGGCCGCGGUGAGAGCUUGCUGCGAACUAAAUUACGCGCGCCACUCCCUCACCUCUGCUGGUCAAAGGCGCAAGCGGCUCCGGCGAAGGCCGAGACCGCGCAGUGCUCCAAAAAGCCUUCUCCCAGUAGUGGAGCUCAAAAUACAAAAGAGCCAUGCCGACCACCGCACCCCGCUACAAGCAGCAAGGCGCGCGCGCGCCGGGCCCGAAGCCGCCGGGCUGCGCCCAAGCUAGGACGCGCGGCGGCCGCCUCGCGUGGGUGCUGGGACGGAACACCAAGGGCUGGAUCGCCGUCGAGCUCGACGGCAACGAGAACGACGAGGGCAAGGCGUAUGAGCGGAAGUCGCUGCGCUGGGCCCAGUUCGCGCCGGGCCAGGACUCGAUCCUCGCGGCGGCGCCGCCCGACGCGCCCAAGGCGCCGGAGCCGCCCCCACCACCACCACGGGCGCGCAGACAACCGAAGCCGACGCAGCGGACGCCGUACGAGGAGCCCAUCGACCCCCAUAAUACGGAGGACCUCGCGCUGUCCGACGACGACGACUUCUACCAGAAGUGGUUGAGGGAGACGCUCGACUCCGGGAGUGAUCCGGGCGGCUCGCACGACGGCGACGCGGACGGCGACUUUAGAGCGGGCGACGAGUCCGACGACGACAGCGCGGAAGACACGAACAACGACGAGAGCGCCCUCAGUCUGCACACGUCCGACUUGGUCCCGCGCACCGAGCUCCAGCUUCUCCUGAAGGACGCGGCGACGGCGCGCGAGUCGGAGGCGACGGCGCCCCUCGCGACGACGGCGCAAUUAUCGAGAUACCAGUCCGACUUAGGUGGAGAUAAGAGAGCGAUGGGCGCGCUGACGGAAGUCGUGCGACGACAACUCUCGCGACAUUUGGAAUUACUAGUGGAGACGCUCGCGCGGUCGGCCAACAACGAAAACGGCGACACGAGCGUCAGCGGCCCGCACGGGCGGUCCGCUUCUCUCUUAUUGGCUUUGGGCGCCGCCGCGAGGUCACAUCGCCGAGAAGCGGACGCGCGCUGCGCUAUCAGAGCAGUCAUGGAGGACGCGACCGGCGGGUCGACGCGGCUGACUCGAUUGGGUGCCCAGCAGGCCCAGGGCUCGUCGAUACUAGAUAGGGUGCGCGGGCUGGAUCGGGUCGACGAGGUUUUAGAAAGGGUCUCCGAGGGACUCGAUGCAAGGCGGGUAUUGGAGGCGGUCGGCGUCUCCAUCCACAGCCUGCCGCCGCAGGCGCAGCGCGGCGCUCCGUUAUCGUUCACGGCGGGCGAGGACGCGUUGUUGUUGCGGGGUCUACAGCUCUACGGCGACGACGCUUUUGAUGAUGUGAGGAAGCACCUCCUACCGGCGAAAACACGAGAGUUACUCGUAUUCCGCGUCGCGUCUUUAACAAGACAGGGCGCGAACGACAUCUCGCGGUUCCGCGAACGUCGAAGUAGGCGCGGCGUCGUGUCCAAGAAGUGGUCGGGCUACGACGACAAGAUCCUCGCCUUGGGCGCGGUCGUCCACGAGAUCGGCACCGCGGCGCGCGUGAACUGGGAGGAGGUCGCUCCACUCUUACCGCAUCGGGCCGCCGGCGAACUGCGCAAAAGGUGGGCCAAGAUUUCGAGUAAAUGGCUGGACGAGCUGAAAGAUAUGAAGCGAGCGGGCGUCGACCUGCUGAAGGAGCUCCAGGACGCCAAAAGGGUCCGAGAUAAAGUCGCGCUCGUGGCCCAGGUUCGUGGUAGGGUAGUGGAGACGCCGGCGUUGUGGUACCCGGACGGCGGCGUGCGCACGAUCGUCGACGCGUCGCACACGGCGCAGUCCUCGAACUACUCGUCGGUGUCGUCACCUCAACGCCCGGAGUCCGACGCGACAAGGGCAGCAUUGGCCUUCGCGGAACCGUCCCAAAGACCUCAGUCCGAGAACACGAUGGCCGCGCUCGCCUUCGCGGCGGCGGCACCGACGCAGCCUCCGAAACGACGACGUACACCACUCCCACCAGUCGAGGAAGACUCGUCGGCGGGCGACUCCGACGCCGACGAGGCGGGCCUGGAGGCGGCGCGCCAAUUAGCUCGAGGUUUACCGGCGGAUUUCGCGCCGGUCGGGGAAGCCGAGUUCUCGUUGAUCGGGCGGCAAGAAUUAGGCGACCUCGCGUCGCUGGCGGGGCUGCCGUCGCAGGGCUUCGAGGAGCCGCCGCCCAAGAAGCCUUCACGGAAAAAGGCGAAGAAGAAGAAGCCCGCGGCGGCGCCGGCGGGCUCGUUCUUCGGCGCGGUCAUGCGCGAGGCGUCGCACGGGUAGUGCGCGCCGACUUCUUCUCUACUCUAAGUUUGUUUCAUGGUU